AAAUUCCAGUUCCUCCGGCAACUGCGCUGGGGUUUUUUCAUCGGCGAUUCGCGUGUAACUCGGAAUUGCCAUCCUCCAUCUCUAUCCGCGCGUGCCGUGAUGACCGUGGAAUUCAUCCGCCUGUUGGCGAAUGCGUAUGGUUUGGAUUGAGGUUCAUUUGUUAGCUCUCGCGCGGGGAGAGAGCGGCUCUGCGAACGCGCGUCGAAGCCGACCGCCGGCUCUCCGGUGCUUCUUUGAGCUAGUAGUCCCGGGCAGAAGCUUGUUGGUAUCUGAGAGAGUUUCGGGGAGGCCUCGGUGUUUGGCCGGUUUCUCUUAUUCGUGCUGGUUCGUCUGUUGCUCUGGUAUUGAUCGGUUUUCGCAUCGAGCUCGGCGAGUGCGCGUGCCUGGUUCGGUGCGGCCUUCCGUUUUGUGUUCUUUGUAGUUUUCAUGUUCUGUGCAAGAUAAGACAGUGAGAGAGAGAGAGAGAGAGGGCCAUAUGCACACUGUCCUGUCCGUGCUCGCGUGAUGACCACACGACUGCGAGCAUUGCGAGAGCUAAUAACGUCUUUGGACUCAUGAGACUUUAGUAUGUGUUGGAUACUCUUUCAUUGCGAUGGAAUGUGAAGAAUUUAACAAACUAUGUAUCAGUGAUAUCGAAUUCAGAGAGUUACGCGGAGUUACAAUCUGGAUGAUAGAGACCUUCGGGUCCAUUGUUCAUAAUGCUUCUGUAGAGGUGCAAAGCUAUUUAUAAUUUGGUCAUACAUAUAGUGAGAGUUAAACAAGUGAUUUGUGGAAUUUCACUGGUAUAUGAAAAUCUUAUAUGGGUCCCUUGGCUUUUUCUUUUUCCCUUUUGGGUGAACUGGGUCCAUCGAUGCACUGGUUUUUCUCGCUAAUUCUUUGUUUCAGUGCGUAGAAAAUGGAGGAACUUUCAUUACACUGCACAAUAUGUAUAAGUUUUUAUCUCCUCGGACCCCUUAGUGUUGCUACUUGCUGGUAUUUGAAUUGAAUUCUGAGCUUGUUUGUCUUGUUCCUACAUUUUGCAAAUUGGGCUUUUCUUUUGGGAUUUGAGGCAAGCAGGAAACUCAUCUGACCUGAAAUGGCUGGAGGAGGAUUUGUUCACCAGCUUUUGAGGAGAAAACUUCAGUCUCACUUCAAGGCGGCAUAGUAAAUAUUGGACUAGGAUGCAUCUUCUCUAUGGUUAUGAGCAUGGAUAGUGAAAUUAAUGCUGGAGGUGUAAGCACAUUGAGAGCGUUUGCAUUGCUCGGGGCAGGUGUUUCAGGAUUUUUGAGCUUCACGACGCUUGCGUCUGCUGAUGAGGCAGAACAUGGUUUAGAGUGUCCAAGCUAUCCCUGGCCUCACAAAGGCAUUCUGAGUUCUUAUGACCAUGGAUCGAUCCGCCGUGGUCACCAUGUUUACCAGCAAGUCUGUGCAUCUUGUCAUUCGAUGUCUCUUAUAUCGUUUCGUGAUCUUGUGGGAGUUGCUUAUACGGAAGAGGAGGUGAAAGCUAUGGCAGCUGAGAUUGAGGUGGUUGAUGGGCCUAACGAUGAGGGUGAGAUGUUUACUCGUCCUGGGAAGCUAAGUGAUCGAUUUCCUCAGCCCUAUGCAAAUGAAGCAGCAGCUAGAUUUGCUAAUGGAGGGGCCUAUCCUCCUGAUUUAAGUCUAAUCACUAAAGCUCGUCACAAUGGUCAAAAUUAUGUAUUUUCACUGCUGACUGGUUACCGUGAUCCUCCGGCUGGCGUUGCAAUAAGAGAGGGACUGCAUUACAAUCCAUAUUUUCCUGGUGGAGCGAUUGCAAUGCCGAAAAUGCUUAAUGAUGGUGCUAUCGAGUAUGAAGAUGGUACCCCGGCAACAGAAUCUCAGAUGGGGAAAGAUAUUGUAACAUUCUUAUCAUGGGCUGCAGAACCUGAAAUGGAAGAGAGAAAGCUGAUGGGAUUCAAGUGGAUAUUCGUAUUGUCAUUGGCGCUACUACAAGCUGCUUAUUAUAGGCGCUUGAGGUGGUCGGUGCUCAAGUCGCGGAAAUUGGUUUUGGAUGUGGUCAACUAGCAUCUGCCCUCAUAAACGGCCAUCAUGCUUGUCAGCAGACUGGACAUCGAAUAACUGUCCCGUGGAAUGGCUUUCUUUCCUUCUUUUCGAUGCAAAUUUUUGUCCAAUCGGUUAUUUAAUUUUUGUCAUGGAGCGGAUGUGAAUGUCUAAUUCCCAGUUUGGAAAUAAGCCCUCCUGGAUACAUUUGAGAUUUUGAGAGGCAUCAGACUUUUGAUAGCUCCCAUUAUCAUUCUUUUUUCAAAUGCUAGGGCCAAACUGUUGGAAAGCAAAUUGGUUGUGCCGAGA